AUGUCGGGCGAGGCGUGGUUAUACCUCUUCGCCGUGCUAAUAAAUGCCGUCAACCUAUUCCUUCAAGUAUUCUUUACGAUUAUGUAUAGUGAUUUAGAAUGUGACUAUAUUAACCCUAUCGACCUGUGCAACCGCCUCAACACCUAUAUCAUCCCCGAAGCUGCUGUACAUGGAUUCUUGACUUUCCUAUUUCUGAUCAACGGAUACUGGGUGGCACUGAUCCUCAACUUGCCGCUCCUCGCAUGGAACAUUAAGAAGAUUGUGGACAACACUCACCUACUGGAUGCAACCGAGAUCUUCAGGAAGCUCAAUGUUCACAAGAAGGAAUCAUUCAUCAAGCUAGGCUUCCAUCUGGUCAUGUUCUUCUUCUACUUGUACAGCAUGAUCGUCGCCUUGAUCAAAGACGAGACGAAAUAA